AUGGCUGCCGGAAGGUUACUGCUCUACACGGGCCUCUCGCUAGCGCUCUGCGCCCUCGGCAUGCUGGCCGUGGCCAUCUGCUCGGACCACUGGUACGAGACGGACGCCAGGAAGCACAGGGACAGGUGCAAGGCCUUCAACACCCGCCGGGUUGACCCUGGCUUCAUUUACAACAACAACAACAACUUGCCGCUCCGGGCGAGCCGCUCGCGCCUGGACCGCUGGGAGGGCAAACUCCUCCGGGCCCGGAAUCGCCGGCAGCUCUUCGCCAUGAGCCCGGCUGACGAAUGCAGCCGGCAGUACAACUCCACCAACAUGGGUCUGUGGAGAAAGUGCCACCGGCAGGGCUUCGACCCGGAGAUCGCCGCCCUCAUUCGGAAAGGAGAAAUUGAGCGAUGCACGUACAUCAAGUACCACUACUCCUCAGCCACCAUCCCCAGGAACCUCACCUUCAACAUCACGAAGACCAUCCGUCAGGAUGAGUGGCACGCCCUGCACCUGCGCAGGAUGACGGCCGGCUUCAUGGGCAUGGCGGUGGCCAUCAUCCUCUUCGGCUGGAUCAUCGGCGUGCUGGGCUGCUGCUGGGACCGAGGCCUUAUGCAGUAUGUGGCAGGGCUUCUCUUCCUCAUGGGAGGAACCUUCUGCAUCAUUUCACUGUGCACCUGUGUGGCCGGGAUCAACUUUGAGCUGUCACGCUACCCACGCUACCUGUAUGGACUCCCCGAUGACAUCAGCCAUGGCUAUGGAUGGUCCAUGUUCUGUGCGUGGGGUGGCCUAGGCCUCACACUCAUCUCGGGAUUCUUCUGCACCUUGGCCCCUUCUGUCCAACCUGUCCCGAGGACCAAUUGCCCUAAAUCUAGACCCGAGAAUGGGACAGUGUGCUAAAAAACAAACCCAUACCCAUAUAUAUAUAUAAAUAUAUAUAUAAUAUACAUAUAUAAAACAAAACUAAAUCAAGCUGAUGCCAGUGCCAAGGUAGCGUUGAGUUGGCUCAGGCACCAGCAUCUCGUCGGACUUUGUGUUGCCUCAUCACUGAGAUGGGGAAACGUUCCCAUCAUGUGGCUCUUCCAUCAAUUCUUGACUUUUGGCUCCAUGGUUUCUUGAAGACAGAGUGAACAUCAACACUUGCGAUAGCAUCCUGAUUCCGUCACUCACGAGGAUGGGGUGGUGGGCUAGGAAGGGACAGUGCCAGUGGUCUGAAGAGGCACAGAUGUAGAGAAGCAAGUGCCAUCCACUGGGCCAACAGGAGAGGAUACCGCCCUAACACCGAUCAUAUCACAGAGAAACAAAGCCUACUUAGUUCAUAGAAUGUAACCAAAUCUUGAGGCCAUUUGCAGAACCACGUCUUCACCUGCUCUUCCUGUUCCGAUUUCCUUCCUGGCCCACCAGCGACACACAAGAAGUGGAAGAGAAAACAAACAGAAGGAAGUUUUCUCUUUGCUGCCAAACUUUUGGACAAAGUUUUAGAGGUGGGAAGGGGGAGAGAACAACAUGCUGAGAGGCAAGAUCCGCAUCAAAUAAGAGGACACUUCAGUGGAUGCUCAGAAAACCCAGUCUUACCUUCCAGCUGCCUUACACCCAGUGAAACAAGAGGCCGCCCUGCCCCUCCCCCACCUGCACUCCCUGGGCAGAUGGAGCCUUGGAGUAAUGCUGUGAUGUGUGUAUGUAUGUGUGUGUGUGUGUGACUACUCCAGGUGUUUCCUUUUUUUCUUUUCACCUUUUAAAUGGAAAUACUGCAUUAUGACUGUUUUCUUUCUCUCAUUUGCGGUGGUUUCGUGGCCUAGGAUGGAGGCCCCAGGACCUAGGAAGUAUAAUGAGGGGCAGGCCUAGAUGGCUGCCAGUUCUGCAGCUUCAGAUCCCUGGAGUGUGUGUGUGUAUGUGGUAGAUGUUAUAUGAGUGUGAGGUUUUAUCAUUUGUGUUGCAUUUUUCUGUUAUUUUUAGUACAGCUGAAAUUCCCAGAGGGCAGAACCAAGAAUAAAACCACUGGGCCAGAGGACCCUGUGGUUCUUCACAUCACGGUUCUGGGACGCCUCACGAUUUAGUCCUCUAAUUUUGGAAGUCCAAGACACAACUGGGCAGAAAAGCCAUGAGAGAAGCGGGGGAACACAGUUCAGGAGGGAGAAGGAAUGUUGCCUCUGUUGCUGUUGCACAAGUACGUAUACCAAACAAGACCUUUCACUCCCCAUCACAGAAGCCGUCCUUUGUCACUGGACAUCUACCCCUUUCCUAGGACAACCUCUGUACAGAUGAAAGAAAAUGGGGCACAUGCAGAGAGAACACCUCCAUGUCCCAUGGGCUCAAGUUUGUACGAUAUUGUGCAAAUUAAUGGAGAACUCUUGACUCUUUCCACCCUCUUCCUUUCCUCUUGAUAUUCAAGGCCAUGAAUCCCAAAAUAGGUGUCUUAGCGGCUAGCACCCAAACAGAGGUGGCAUGAAUCCAGCCUAGUAUCUCAGGCUCAUUUGAGCAAAUUGGCACUGCAGGUGUUGGCGAGCUACAAAGUCAGCCAGAGAGUUGUGAAAGCUGUAGGGAGAGGAGUCUGCCGGAAAGAGUGGGCAAGAGCAGCUGACAGUGACCCUGCUGGGGCUGAGCAGCCCUGGGGAGGCAAGAGAGAAUCCCCAAGCUAUACAGCUAUGGGUCAACCAUGUAGCUGAGAAUUCAGUUGCUUCAUAAAUAAAUAUGCUUUGGGAACUUUGCCAACCACUCAGCAGGCUUCCUUCCCACCCAACCACUCUGUUUCAACUCCCUGUCUUCUAACCUAUCUUCCUACCAGUUUCCACCUUUUCUCGCCUACUAACCACUUAACUUCUCCCUCUUCCAUACACCAGGCUACAGGUACUGCCUGUCUCCUCAUCUGCUCUUUCUGACUGUGUGUGUCAUUCACAUUUGGAUAGGACGUCUGAAAUGCAUGAGUGGGCUUGAAUGUGGGUUUCUGUAUGCGUGUAUCUCUGGUGCAUUUUAUGUGUGUCUGUGUCAAUAUGUUCCUGGACGCAGAUGUAGGUGUCCUACCUAAGACUUUCUUGCCACUGAUACUGGCCAGCUUCUGCAAAAGGUGUUGUGUGUGAAAUGCCCUGUGUAUGGAUGUGCUGGGAGAUGAGGGGUGAAGUGUGUAGCAGGAAAUGCUGUUAGCUUCCAAUUGAGGUUCUAAGGAUUAUUUUUAAAAUAAAGGGUUUAUUCUAUGAGAAGGGAUAUAAUUUUCAGGAAAACACAGUUUUUCAAUUGUACAGGGAAUUUUUUAAAAUUUUUCUUUGAAAAUUCAAGGAAAGGGCAUAUUGGGGCUUGAGGAGAAGUGGGGAGAAGUAUCUGAGAGUGACAGGCCUGUGUCUUCCUUCCAAGCAUCCUGAAUGGGCUCUGCUGAGCAGAGAUGCAGGUGUCCAUGAGUCUCUGUUUGGGGCAGAAGGCUUGUCUGUGACCAGACCCAAAUUCUAGCUGUUUACCAGCUGCAUGAAAGUGGGGAAAGAAAUUCCAAAUGGGCAAUUUGGUAUCAAUCAUUUAAACUUUUCUUCACAGACCUAUCAUUAUUUAUGUCCUUUUUAAACCAUGCUUGCUAUAAAUAGAUCAUCCACUCUAUUCAACUACUGAUCCUUGUGAUGGACCUUUGACACAACUUUUGCAUCCUUUUGAAACCUUCCUGAAAUGUUAGGAGGACUCCUGGGAAAGAAGUGAACCACCUGGGCUCCAUCAGCAUCAACAGAGCAAGGGAUUUGGGCUGUUUUUUUGGUUGUGGGGCCGAAUAGGUACAAAUACACCCCGGGAUCUGAUCUUGCUUGGGGCCAAAAACAGCCCAGCCACAUGGCCAGGAUGGAAGGCCUGGUCAGAUGGCAAGUCCUAGCCAGUAGGAGAACUGCCCUGGUGACCUUGAUUCCUCCAGCAUAGGGGCUUGACCCCAGAUUAAGACAUGCCACUCCAAGCAGUUACUGACACUUGGUGCUGUGAGGUGGUUGAGGAAGAAGAGAAGCUAGAGGGGAGCCUGGCCCUGCGAGACUCUUUAAGUCAGACUCUACUAACUCCAAAGUAGAACCCAACCUUCUGAUGGGAUUUAGGGUCAGCAGCCUCACUUAAACUCAGAGCCCCCAGCCCCCACCCCAGGUCAGGUUCAAAUUCCUUACAGAUGUGUUAAUGCAAGGUCUAUGACCAUGUAUGUGUUUUGAGCUCCAUGUAAGUCAGUCUUGAGCAUGGGGCCCGUUUUAAUUUUUAUUCCCUUCUUACCCUACAAGAUUGGGGAUUCAGGAAAGUAAGGUAUCUGCCUGGAAAAAGGUCCUAUUUCUUUCUCUCCCCAUUUUGAGAGUUUUGCUUUAUUCUUCUGUUUCCUUUUCGUCUCUCCACUCACUUCCUCUUUCUUUCUGCAUCAACUUUGGUUAAUUAAAAUAGUUAAGGAAUUCAUCUCUAGAGAGGCUCUUGUACUCCAAGUGAUCCCCUUCCUCAUUUGUUGUAGCCGUAGGUUUCAUAAGGACGUCUGUGGCUCCCUAGCAUCAAAAUAUCGAAAGAACUUAAAACAACAUCUGUUCCAGGUUCAACCCUCCUAUAAACCCUAGCCCUUUCAACUUCAGAGAUUGUGAAGUCGCAAAGACUCACCAACUCCACCAGAUCAAGCCAAGCCUUCCUCCAUCUCCUGUCCAUAUGCAGGCCCCUGGGGGCUGGUGCAUUUUUGUAGACUCUCUUGUUGGGGAUAAGGGAAGAAGAUAUUCUGAGACCCUGAGACUGGGCCCUACAUCUUAGUGCUUAUCCACAGUUAUGGUAAGAGUUCUAGAACGAACGUACCGUGCGCAGUUGUCCUGAUUCAGUGGGAGGAUGUGCUGCUUAGGUCUCUAAAGCUGGCCACCUGUGUCAAAUUCAGAAUAAUGAAAUCAAGUACAUUACCCAGAGGUAUUUAGAAUUGACUAUGUCUUUACCUGGCUCAUUCUGAAAGCGUUAACUAACUAAUUUUCAAGUAUCUGAGGGGAAGGAGUAGGUAGAAAUACACUCUGGUCAUCUUUGGUGUGAUUUGUGUGGGAUGUUUGGUUGAUUCUUGCUGCUGUGGUGAAGCUGCUUUUCCGAGUGUGUUCCCUCUGCUCCAGAGACUAACCAUCCCAGUGGACACGUCCAGCCCUUUCCAGGGAAAUAUGGUGAGUCAUAGUGACAGGUGACUUUGUCACAGAUAGAAAUAAUUGGUGCAUACCAGCCAGGUUGGCUCUGUGCUGUCUUCCGCUGGUAUAUGAUAGAGUAGGGGGACAGAUUGUUAAACAAACCCCCCUGAGUUGAUGGACACAAAAGAUUUGGGUGUCCCUCAAAGCAGUCAACUUGGUGGGCUGUGUUUGCCCUCUUUCUGUUGAUGCCACCAUGGUGCAAGAUGUUUCUCAGACAUUAUUUUUACUUCUUAGACUGCAUCAUUAUUGACUAUUAGAUUUUUCUUUCCCAAAUAAUACAUGCUCAUUAUAGAAAAUUAGAAACAAUACAAAAAGAGUAGAAGAUUGUUCAUAAUUCCAUCACUCUGAGACAUCUUAAUGGUCAUAGCCCCAAAAUUUCCCCAGUCAGUGGUUGCCUCUGGGUUGGCAGGUGGGGCUAGGAGGGCAGUCCAUGGCCGCAGAACCACACCGAUCUGCACGGAGUUGACCCUGUGUCCAUGGCAGCAGGAGCACAGGAGUCUGAGCCCCCAAAGAUAGCAAAGAGGUCUUUCCGAAAGCUCAACGCCAGAGCUUAGGGGCAGGGAUGGAAGAGAACUAAAAGAUUCCUACUUUAGGGUUUCGUUCAUACUUUUAUUUUUGAGUGCCAUCUCAAUCUAAUUAUAGGUGUAAGAGCACUGAAGCCAGAGUAACUCACUAAUUAAGCUAUAGUUGUGUAAUGUAGUUACUGUAAAUUUUAUUUCAGCUCUGCACUAAAAUGAUUUGUGACUCUUGGCACUGUGUCUUCUCCAUACUUGAACUUCCUCAUCCACAAAAUGAGGAUAGUGAAAACACUUUUACCUCAUGGUAUAUUAAGGGUGACAAAGACAUUGCAAAGUGAUUUGCAAACACGAAGUGUCAUAUAAAUUAUGCACUGUUCCAAUUUAUCCUGCAGCAGCAGAGCCCCCACAGACUGAAUUCUUCCAGAUGGUUUCUGUGCCUUGCUGCUGACAGGAUAACCCAGAGUCAGAGGUCAUCUUGGCCUCCGAAGGGGUCUGUACCUAUCCAACUUAAGCACAUGGGAUUCUAUUUCUAUCCUUUAGGUCCCUCACAGAAGCUGGCUCCUUAAUUUACCCGUUCCCAGGCUUCCUUUUUGUCCAAGGCCAGUUUUGCAAAGGGCACUCUUAAUCCCCCUUAAUUAUUCCCAGAGGUGAUGAAAUGAGUAAACUGUAUGGGUCAAAUAGCGUAAAUGAACUAAACCAGUUAACUGUUAACCAAGGCACAUGGUCAAUGCCCUAUUGGGAUUUUUUGUUUUUUGUUUUUUACCAUCUUUCUAACAUUAUUUCUAGCUGUACAUGGCCAAGUGGUGGGAGAAAAUCAGACUCUGAAACAUUUUAAUGGUCUUUUAAGUUUAAGAUGAGAACAAGUUUCAAGGAACUCUGGGAUCCUCUUUUUCAUGUUCGGUGGUGAAGCAGAUGGCUUCAACCAAAGCGUAUGCGUUCUUAUAGGAAGUCUUUUGGAUGGUGCAUUCACUAGGAGGUGCUCUGGGUGUGCUCUUGUUUGGGAAAAACUGAAUCCUAGGUUCUAAACAAGAAGAGAAUGCACUUCCAAAAGGAUCUGCACACUUUCUGCUUUGCAGGGGAUCAGGUUUCAAUGUUAUGGUGAGACUUUCUUUAAGGAAAGUCCAAAUCAUUGCUACCUAUGUAGAUAGAGCCUGGCCAGGAAUGGGGCAACUCCCCAACUGUGGGUGUAUUUGUUCACUAUUGAGAAAAACAAAACUGGGUGUGAGCAUGGGAGUUGCACAGCAGUAGCUCAAACCUGGCCUCGCUUUGACAGACACCAAGCUCAGCAAUUGCAACUCCUAUUCUUCAUUUCCCAGGAUGGAGUGUUGCUCCUUGGGGAACUCUGUGUCCCUUUCUCCUCUCUUGUCUCCCAUUUCUCCCUCUGGCUAAGCCUUUCCCUUCCUCUUCGGGUCACCUGUAGACCCUUUCUAGCUUGAAUGUAUCGGUGUGUCUGUGUUGUGAACAUGAUGAUGCCUUUCACACAAGGAGCUUUCAGUAACUCAUUCUCAUACUCCUCUCCCAUUUCCACCCAUGGUGUGACUGUUUUGCUAUUCAAGACUAUCUGUAAAAAUGUACAAAUAAAAGCAGAAACUGAAAAUAAGGGGGAGGGAAUUGAGACUAAACAAACGCAUUGAUGUAGCCCUCAGUUUUCUGAGGACUUAUGUGGACUGCCCUAAAAUCCUGACUCUGGAUGGGAUUUGAAGGGAGGGAAUCUAUUGGCACAGGAGUUUUCUUCUGGUUGUUUCUCUGACAGUCACUUGUGUCUGCUUGAAACUCUCUGUUCAAAAUGUAUUUUCCAAAAAGUAAAAAGAAGUCAUCAAAGUCUGAAGGGUGAAGGUCAACACAAAGACCUGAUCCUGGGUCGCAUUAGUUAUCUUUGUCACUGGUGCAUUUGGCGCCUCCAGCGAGUCUUGUUACCUCACCAUGUCUCCGCGUCCUCUCAGCCAAACAGGGAGCAUGGGGGCUUCCGGGGCUCCUGGGGCACCAAGUCUCCUUGGCCAUUCUGCUGCUACUUUUAGGGCGGCUUUGAGCCCAGGCUGGUGUGUGCUUACUGCAUGGAAGUACAUUCGGAGAGCUCCUCCUCCCUGCUCCUUGCCCCUCUCUUUCACUCCUGAGAAAGUAACCUCAAGCUAACAGCCAGUUUGGGCUCAGAGUCCAAAGCCUUUGAUCUACCUUUUCAUUCUCAGAUGCCUUUUCCCACCCACUUUGACGAUCUCAUUUUACUAUCGUUUCUGACAGAGCUUUGCUGUGCUGGGGUAGGAGAAAGAUUAUCAAAGAAAAUGAUGCGUGUGAAUUGCUUUGUAAUCUAUGACUCACUAUACAGACCUAGCUUGAGAUAACAGAAGCAGGGAGCCUAGCCCAGGGACGCCACCAGAUCAGAGUGAAGAAAGCCUUGGCAGGUGGUAGGGUAGAGGCGGUGGGCAGCAGAUGGGGGUUGGCAGUGGAGGUAAGAUAAAGAAGCCUUUUGGAAGGGGAAGUGGGAGAAUCACAGAGCAUCCUCAGCGUGGCAGCAGAGAAGGAUCCCCAAAAGGCAAGGCACCCUGAAGUAAGAGGAAGUAGGAAAGAGGAACAAGUGUGGGUAAUCCUAUAGCACAAAGAGCUGCCUCCCCCAGGACUGAGAAGACUAGCUGCCCCAGGGAAGGAUUCACAUGAAGCUUGGCCAGUGUCUUAACCCCAACUGCUCCAUGGCGCCCUCGAUCCAAACCUGUCUUCUCUCUGACAGUCAACAGAGAUCAUCUCUGGGACCAACUUCAUAAAGCCAAUUUAGACCAGUGCUGUCCAACAGAGAGAGAAUACAAACCACAAAUGCAAUUUUAAAUAUCCUUGUAGUCCCAUUUUUAGAAGUCCAAAGAAACAGGUAAAAUUAAUUUUAACACAUAUUUUAACCCAAUAUAAAAAUAUUAUUGUUUCAACAUGGCAUCAAUAUAAAAAAUUACUGAAAUAUUUUACGUUCUUUUUUCCCCAAUGAAGUCUUCAAGAUCCAAUGUGAAUUUUGUUCUUAGAAAACAUCUCAGUUUAGACCAGCCAUAUUUCCAUGGCUCAAUAACCACAUGUGGCUACUGGCUACCAUGUAGGACAGCAAAGAUUUAGAUUCUGUUAGAAGACAGAAUGGGAUCGCCCUCACCCAUGAGUCACUCAGAUCUCCCAGCUGACAGAGGCUGGAGGUUGGUGUUGGACCAGAGGAGAAAGCACAGGAGUGAUGUCCAGGCUGCCAUCCUGGCCUCUGGAAGUUCUGCUUCACCUGCUUAAUCAGAAGACAGGACCACUGCUUGUCAAAUACAUGUCACAUCUGCCCCAGAGGGUGUCAGCACUGCCCCUGGGAAUGGCACCAAUGACCUGUCGAAGUUCUAGAGGCCAAAGCAGGUCACUUUCUUUAGUUACAGGGGUGUCAACUUAUCCCUUAUCCAGAUGCCUUUUAUCUUACAGGGUGGGAGUGGGGGCAGACAGGCCUUCUUUUGGUCAAGAAUGAAGAUCUCUACAACCUUUUGUCAUCUGGUCCAGUCACCUAGUGGCAUCUCACCAAUAUUUGGAGCUGUUUUGUCAAUCCCUUAAUUUCUUUAAAUUUGUAUCUUAAAGUCAAAUGCUAAAAGGGAAUACACUGGGAAGAGCAGUGGCCACAGGCAGACUGGGCUCCGAGGAGGUGGUGGUGACAAGCCUGUCCCUUGCCCUGGGACUAGGUCCAUCAUUGCCUACCUCUCCUCCCCGUCCAGAGACCUUUCUUAGAGCUGAAGAAACCUCUUUUGUUCGGGAAAAAGACAAGCCGUGAGAUCUUAGUGCAGAGAACAGAAUAAAUGCAAGCAAGCAACCCUGGGCACUCUCAAAGUCUUUCAGAGAGCCAGUGUGACAAGGUUUGACUCAUUUAAAAUAUAACACUCUGAGCCCUGUGUUACUAAGCAAAAGAAAAUGAGCCAAUUUGGUGAGUAUGUCAUUACACAGGGACCAUAGCUGACAAAACUCUUCAACACCUGGAGUGUUUAUGGUCCACCAGAUUAUUGCUCAGUCAAUAUAAAUUUAUUUACCUUUACUUUAAUUUGCAUAGUGCUUUCUGAUUGGUUAGAUGAGGAGUGGUGUGUACUGCAGGAUUCCAACAUCGCCUCUGCCCUCGGAGGUAGCAAUUCCUGUGGUUAUUGGUGCUAAAAUAAGAUUAAAUAUUAUGUUAAUUUGUUCUGAUACGAUGUGAAUAAAUGUAUUGUUUAAUCUUAACAAGAAUGCUACAUCUUAUCAGAUCUAUUGUACUGUCUGUUUCUUCUCAUAAUUAAUUAAUUACAGGAAAGGUGAUCCAAACCAGAUCUUGAAACUAUUGUGCUAUUGAGAGGUGAAUUUAACAGGGAAGUGGGAGGGGGGAUGAAAAGGGAAAUUGCCAGGUUCCUGUGACUUUGCAAGGACUGAGGAAGCAGAGAGCAUUUGGGGACUUCACUGACACUGACUGCAUCUUGCAAUUUUCUUUUUCAAAUUGGCAGAAAUAUUGUAUUUCCAUCGAUUGAAGAAAAAAGUGUCUGGUAAUUAAUUAAAUGACUUGUUCAUGGAAAAAAUAAAAAUAAAUAAUCUGUCAGUUGUGGAAUGUAAACUGAUUAAACAAUUAAAUAAAGAAGAUCAUGUUGUGUGUUUUAA